GAUGGAUGGGGGAAACCAGCCCGCCAACAUCACCAGCGAGGCCAGCCCGCUUCCUUCCAAUUGCCUGCCGCCAAACUUUUUUCGUGUGGUUUGCGCCGAUCAGAGGUUGUCUGAGGGUCUCGUCUCCUUUCUUCCGCUUCAACUUUUACAUGUCAUUUCCUGCAACAUGGUGGUCAAGGCAAAGAGACGAGCGAGACUCCCCAAAAAAUAUAUUCCCAACAUCAGCAAACAACUUCUUCCUCGCCUCUGACGAGUGAAACCUGCAGCUGCAGCGGCCAAAAGCAACGACGUGGACUGACGCCUGCGGAAACCCCACGUUACUCGGCACGGACGAUUUGUUUUCUAAGAAAAUAUAUAUAUAUAAAAAAACACAGUUGAGAGGAUUUACACAGCGAUCAUCAGUUUUGUUUUCGCAGAGAUAAAAUGAAUGAAAACUGGCCUUCAAAACAAAUUAAAGACCAAUUAGAUCACAGGCAAGCAGGUGUGAAAGUGAAGAUUGAGAAAAUUUUGCCUGAAGAGGAAGCCAAGUAUGGUCAAUGCAUUGUGCCAGACUAUACCCAGGUAUAUCCCAAGGAAGCGGAACUGGAAUUAGGGAAGGUGAAAGGUGAAGAGGUGAUGAUGAAUGAAUCCCAUGAACAAAAUGACUACUGGUUUUGUGAGAAUUGCCAGGAGUACUUCAUGGACGAGUGUGCCCUUCAUGGAUGCCCAAUAUUUAUUACUGAUACACCUAUACCUGUAGGUACACCAGAUAGAGCAGCCCUCACGGUUCCUGCUGGAGUAGUAGUUGUGAAAGAGCCUGGAGGAGAGAUUGAUGUUCGUUGUUUAGAUACCGUCAUUCCAAAGGGAAGGAUAUUUGGACCAUAUGAAGGAGAAGUGUGCCAAACUGAUAAGUCAUCUGGGUUUUUCUCAUGGCUGAUCCUUGGCAAGAAUAACACAUACAAGUCUAUUGAUGGCACAGAUGAAACCAAAGCCAAUUGGAUGAGGUAUGUAGUUAUAUCAAGAGAAGAAAAUGAACAGAACCUUAUGGCGUUCCAGCAUAAUGAGAAGAUUUAUUUUAGAGUAUGUAGGGAUAUUCAUCCUGGAGAGAGGCUACGAAUUUGGUACAGUGAUGAUUAUAUGAAACGCCUCCAUGCAACUACACAAGACACUGUAGACCGGAAUCUCCUUACUGCGGAAACAAAGUGCAAGAAGACUAACCUAGGAAGACAUUCCACUGACAAAUUCACUCGAAAUCCAGGGACAGCCAGAAAACCAGGGAUUCUAAAUAAAGAAGAUAUCGAAAGACUUGAAUGUACUAAUUUGAACAAAAGUGCAAAACGAAGCAACAAAGACGGAGACUGUACCCCCAGUCCUAAAAAAAAGAAGCUGGAACAGAUGUUUAAAAGUAGCCAUGACUUGUCUGGUGAUCCCUUAAGAGAAAAAUUUCCUUAUCCUGUUUCUGGUCGUGGCCCAAUCGAGUAUGUAUAUUCUAUGACGCAAACUAGCAACCUUCACAUAACUACCUCAUCUCCUGUACCUCAAAAUCCUCUCUUUGGAGGCCAGAGUGUACAGGAACUUGAAGUCAAUAAGUUGACCACAGCUCAAGACAAAUAUUCAUCGCCUGUUGACAGCCAUUUUCCUGCUCGACAAAGGCACAAGCAUCAGGAGAGUGAUACAUUCAACAGACCAGGAACUUCCUCACAUCAAAGUGCUUUAUCUCUAUCCAACACCAGAAGUGAAGUAGACUCCAAUAUCCAAGAAAAAGCUAGUGAAAAACAUAUAAACUCUGGUUUCCUUCAAAAUAUUGAAGAAGGUAGCUGUGCUUUACCACCAGAGAAUUCAGGUGGACGACAUGGGGGUGUGACUGAGGAAGAUUUUCCAAAAGCCCAGCCAUCAUCAUACUGUCCAAACUGUGUAAUACUUCAAGAGAAAAUUCGAAAGCUUCAGGAGGAGCUAGAUCGGUUGAAGUCUAAUUUACCAGCUCCAGAAGCACAGACUCCUGUCCCAGUUGUCAUGGAUGACACCAGUGAGCAGGAGAUGGAUUCAGCUGAUGAGUCAAUGUCCAAUGAAAUGCUAGCCACCACAGAUGAAAUUUCGAAAACCUCCACUGGUACAGGCCGGAGAAUCAGACGCUUCAAACAUGAAUGGCUAAAGAAGUUCUGGUUUCUACGCUAUUCACCAACUCUGAAUGAAAUGUGGUGCCAUGUUUGCAGACAGUACACUGUUCAGUCUUCCAGGACAUCAGCCUUCAUCUUGGGCUCUAAGCAGUUCAAAAUCCACACUAUCAAGUUGCAUGCCCAGAGUAAUCUUCAUAAAAAGUGCUUGCAGCUUUAUAAGCUUAGGAUGCACCCAGAAAAAACUGAAGAGAUGUGCCGAAAUAUGACACUGUUGUUCAAUGUUGCCUAUCAUCUUGCCUUCGAAGGAAGAAAUUUUUCAGAUUUCAGGCCUUUGGCUGAACUUCUGAAAAAAUGUGAUUUGAAGAUUGUUGACCAAUACUUGAAUGAGGGAGAUUGUCAAACUUUAAUUCAUCACAUUGCAAGGUCUCUUCGUGAAGAUCUCUUUGAGAGGCUCAGGGUAUCUCCAUUUAUGAGUGUGAUUUUGGAUGGGCAGACAGAUGACCUGGUUGCUGAUAAUGUUGCAAUCUAUAUUCAGUAUAUUACCAAUGAGGGGCCAGCUGCUACAGAGCUAUUGUCUCUGCAGGAAUUGAGUUCUGUAACAGUGGAUGGUUAUAUACAGGCAUUAGACAGGGCCUUUGGGGGUAUAGGGAUCAAAUGGAAAGAGGAAAAGUUAAUUGUAGGACUUGGGGUAGAUGGAGCCACGAUGACAACAGGGCUACGGGCAGGUUUGGCCAUGAAGAUCAAAAAGACUUUGCCUUGGCUACUCUCUGUCCCUUGCGUAGUGCAUAGGCCUCAUUUGGAAGUAUUGGAUGCUAUAAGCAACAAGGAACUAACCUGUUUGGAAGAACUAGAGAACAACUUAAAGCAGUUGCUGAGUUUUUAUCGUUAUUCCCCGAAACUCAUGUGUGAACUAAGAUCUACUGCAGCAACACUUUGUGAAGAGACUGAAUUCCUUGGUGACAUUCGAGCCGUUAGGUGGAUUAUUGGAGAGCAGAAUGUCCUAAAUGCGUUAAUUAAGGAUUAUUUGGAGGUGGUGGCUCAUCUUAAAGAUGUUAGUGGUCAAGCACAUAAAGCUGAUGCAGCUGCCAUCGCUUUAGCUCUACUGCAGUUCCUCAUGGACUAUCAGUCCGUUAAGUUAAUCUAUUUUUUAUUAGAUGUCAUUGCUGUACUUACACGGCUGGCAUUUGUUUUCCAAGGUGAUCACCUCCUCAUUACCCAUGUAGAUUACAAGAUUGAAGAAGCCAUUGAGGAAAUCAGCAGAUUGGUCGAAUCACCAGGAGAAUAUCUGCAAGAAUUUGAGGACACCUUUCACGAAAGUUUUCAUGGUGUUCCUCUGAAAAAUCUAAGAGUAGCAGAAGCUAAGUUCAAUUCAAUAAGAGAGAAGAUAUGCCAAAAAACCCAGCUGAUUCUAGCUCAACGGCUAGAUUCUAAUAGUCGCUCAGUUAUUCGAGCAUGUCAAGUGUUUGAUGUUGCCACAUGGCCUCAAAAUGAGGAAAACCUGAUGAGUCAUGGUGAGGAAGAGAUCUUGUAUAUAUAUAAGCACUUUGAAAUUAAUCCAUCAUUUGCAAGGGAAAUAGGUCUGGAUGGCAGAGAUAUUCAAGGAAGCUUAUUGCAGGAAUGGAAGGAGCUCAAAUCUGAGUGUUACAACAAGAAUGGUUUCAAAGAGUUGAGCCGUUACAUUUUUAAGUAUAAACAAAGAUUCCCAAUACUAAAUCGGAUCACUCAGUUAUUGCUUGUCCUACCAACAUCAACUGCAGCUUGUGAGAGAAAUCGUGGUGCCUUCUACCGGAUACGUAACAAUAACAAGUCUCGACUUAGCCUUGACCAACUCAAUGACCUUCUAACGGUUGCUGUCAAUGGACCACCAAUUGCCAAUUUUGAGGCUAAAAGAGCACUGGAUUGUUGGUUCGAGGAGAAAUCAGGGAAUAGAUAUUCCUUAUCUCCAGAGAUGAUCAAUAGAGUUACUUCAUUGGACCAGAAACCAACAUUACAUGGUCUGGACAUGGGAACUGAUUGUAUAACAGAUAUUCAUGAAACCAUUAUGUAAAUGAUUGGAUUUUUUGAAUUGCAUAUAGUUAGUUCCAUGAUUUAUUGGGAAUAACUUAAACCCAUUCUUACUUAUGAACUUUAUGAAACACUUAUUGGUGACAGACUGGUACAAACACCAGAUCAGAAAAUUCAACAGGGUGUUGAUAAAAUUUCCCACAGAAAAACAAUGCAACAAUGACCUGUAGGAUCCAAUCCCUUGAUUGAUUUCCCAAUAGUAUUGUAACCUUUGAUAACCAGUACUUGCCUAUAUUGGGAGAUCAAAAUAAUCAGAAUGGACAGGCCUGAGAAAGGUUUGGUACUGUUGGUCAUCAAAAAUAAUAACUGCUCAUUUGCUUUUAGUAAUGCAAAUAUUAGAUAAUAAGAGAAGUGAUUGGUCAUUCUAAUUUUUUUCAUUGAAACAAAGGUUAUUUAAGCUGUUUAAGGUUGAUAUUAAGAGUCACCUUGUCUAAUCUUUAACUCGUUUUGUUAUUUACAGAAGCUAUAAUUAAACAUUAACAAUUAACGAUUAAUGGGGAGAAGGAAGGGAGAAAAUUUGUUAUUUGUGGGGUUGUAAGAGAUGUAAAAUACAUAGUCCAAAUGAUUUAAAAAGUAUAUGUAUCUACAAUAUUUUUAUAGAUUACAAUUAUUGAUAAUAGAUGGUCAACUUUUCAUGUCUAGUGAGCAUGUCUUUUUAAAAAAAAACACCUGGAAAGGAAUGAAUGUAUCAAGAGGAUAUAAUUCUUUAUCUCAUUUUAUUGCUGUGAAAGGAAGCAGACACAUAUCAGCCAGUGCUUCAGCCGAGCAUGCACACUUCAGUUAGCCAGGCUAGACUGCAAAACUAUCAAUAUGUGUGCUUAGGUGGAAGGCUGUUGAUAGAAAUUAUUCUCACAUCUGAGAAAUUUAGAUAGUCACAAACCACUUACCACUGGUUAACAGUCUGUUAUUGAAAAUGUCUUCAUAUUAAAUGAUACUAAGACUAUUUGCUAAUUUCAGUAAUCAGUGGAGGAAGGAUAGUUAUUUUGGGAAUGGCAGAGCCAAGUAGCAAUACGUUGAGGUGUGAGAGUAAUAUUUUAAAAUUGGUAGUUUUCAUAGCAAAUGUAGAAGAUCAUACCUUUCCCAGAGUGCCAGAUAUGUUCACUGGCUGUAAAGCACUUUCAUUAUAUGCAGCUGCCCCAAAAAUGACACUGCAUUCAGUUUGACAGUUCCUAGUCAUACUUUAUGCCUGUAGUGUUUCCAGUUUUUACUCUGAAAAGAGUACUGCACAAAUGAAUCAACGUUAAUCUUGUUAGGUCAACAAAUUCACAUUAUAGCAUUUAAUGUUAACAUUUUUUAAGAAAAAAAUGUCUUCUACUCUGAGAAUGAGACAUCAUUUGCAGAGCAGAUAUGAUUUUUUGAGAGUUCUAAAAAAGAGUUUUAGUAGAUCAAGAAAGAUAUUUUAUUAAUGUGAUAUAUUCUCAUUAAAUUAACUUUGCCAGUAGAAAUGAGAUUCCUGCCUUUGGGUGUAGCCACUGACCCUUGCCAGUUAAUUAUGAAAGGCUGCUGUUUCCAGGUGACCAUAAUAGUCUGUAGCCAUUUUAAACAUUGACUAGACAUCGGUGGUACUAAACAUAUAGCCACCAACUAGUGCAGGAUGGUUAUUAGACCUGAAUUUUUAAAAUCAUGAUAUCUUAGAAUUUCAUGUAAACCUGGGUAUUAUGCUGUGUGAUAUUAUUGUACAAUCAUAUAACAUAUUCGCAUAAAAUUAUUAUGACUGCUAUUUAAAAAAAAUAAAGAUCAGGCAACUUAACCAUUUCAGUCUGGGCAACGUUCAAAUGCAUAACUCAAAGACAAAGAUGGUAGGGAAAAAUUGCAGAUGACUAUUCUACCUUCAAACUUUUCUGAUCUUGGAGCAAUUAGCUCAGUACCCAUUUAGACAUUGAAACUAAUCCAUAAUGAAUUUAUUGCUCAAUGCAAAUUUUAGAAUGUGGUAAGACUAUCUCUGAAAAUGGGUCAACAUACCAGUGCCUUUAAACAGAUUACAGAGACCACAACCAAUGUACACAUUGUAUUGCAUAUGGAUAGUGAUGAAUUUCUGUUACUUAGCCCUGGAAAAUAUUAAUUAUUGGCAGUAUGUAAUGCACAAAAUCCUAGGCGAGGAUUAGAGAGAGUUUAGUUUUAUCUAAAUUGAUAUAUUCUAAAUUGCAAAGUUUAUAAAAUGUUGUGGAAAUAUUAGCACAUUAGUGAGUUUUGAGAAGAUUUGUAGCUCAGGUUGAGGUUCUGGAUGUAAGUUUGCUCGCUGAGCUGGAAGGUUCAUUUUCAGACCUUUCGUCACCAUACUAGGUAACAUCAUCCGUGAGCCUCUAAUGAAGCACGGUGUUAGUGACCAGCUUUCUAAACAGAAAGCGAGUCACUCAUGACGGUGCUUCACUAGAGACUCGCUGAUUAUGUUACCUAGUAUGGUGACAAAACAUCUGAAAAUGAACCUUCCAGCUCAGCGAGCAAACGUACAUCCAUAUAAGUACUACUUAAUAUCAUUGUGAUAGGAUUGAGCUUUAUUUCAAUCACUGUAGAUUUAAUAAGUUCAGAGCAGAGAGGGGAAGUGCUAUUAUUGAAGGUGGCUUUGUUAGCAGGUAAGAUCUAUUGCCGUGUCAUAACCCCAAUCAUAUAUUGUAUAUUUUCAAAAUGUUUCUUCUGCCUCCUGGCAUAGGCAGUUAUCCUUGCUAUGAUUCAAGUUGCUGUCACUAAAAUCAAGUGUUUAAAUUAUUGGAAAUUUAAUAAGGUAUCAAGACUAGAAAUUUCUAGCAGCCAGAAAUCCUUCAGGUUUUAAAAUAUGUGCUUUAUAAAUUUCAAGUAAUUCAGCAACCUAUUGCUUAAUCAAGAUCAGAAUUAAAUCUGCACUGUUAUCAUGAACAUCUUGUCUAAUGUCUAAAAAUAGAGACCAAAGCAGAUGUCUUUUAUCAGCAUGAUGAAGCCCUACUCUCACCAUGGUUUGUAUUUUUUUUAAAUGCAUGUAUAUGUUUGCAACCAUGUGGUCUUUAUUACUAUGUUUAGAGUUACUGAAAAGUUUGCUCAAAUUGCCUGCCAUUGACCACUCAACUUAUCAAUGGGCUAUCAAAUGUAAUGAAUUAAUUGAUUUCCACACUCUUGAGUUACAAUGGUUUAACUACUAUUUUUGAUUUUUAUCCAGAAGUGACUGAGAUUAUUAGCAUCACAGUUAAAAAUAAAUGAUUUCUCAUAAAACUUAUGAUAUAUGUUAUAACCCUGUGGACAGACAUUAAUUGGAGGGGUGAAAGUAACAAAUAGAUAUAACAGAUAUGAUUAAGGCUACUGUACGUGCAGUAGUCUGAUAGAGGAAAAAGGCUGCUUGGAAUUAGCUAUCUGUCUUGAUUUGUCUUUUGAAGGUUUUUAUGAUGUUUAUGAACUCAGUCAUGGUAUAUAAAGAAUAAACGAUUUUGAAAAAGAUGUGUAUCAAAUGUAAAAGAAAACGGUCGCUUCACAUCACUUUUUGAUCACCAUUUGACAUUGUUGGCAUCAUCAAUCUCAGUUAUGCAAAAAUACUACGUGGAGAAAAUGACCACUUCAAACAGGACUUGGGUGUUGCUAUUUGAAGCCACGUGGAUGAUGCACAUUGUCUUAUGCAAUCUGAUUGGUGAUGAAGGCAGAUUAUGGUAUACUUACUACUGGGUUACAUUUAUCAUUUCUAUAUUUUUGUUUGGUCAUUGUCAUUUUUUAAGCAUGAUGCAGCAUAUUGUUCAUAUUGUAUUUCCU